CAUGUCACAGAAGUGAACACUAGAUCACGAAGUUGAUAAACCCGUGAAAUUUUAAUUGAUUUAGUGCAUUGAAAUACUGUUUUUGCGAUCGGAGCUAUUGAGAAAUAUUUUUGAAGAAUUCAAGUCUAGUUUUAGUAGGAUCUAAAGUAACUUUAUGGUCUCGUGGGAGUGGUGAUACCAAUACGAUCUUGUGAUAGCUAUCAUGUAUGUUCUUAGGACUGGGAUGGACGGAAAUGUAGUGCAUCCUCACCCGGGAGUGGUGCCGGGUGGCAUCCCAGGCGUGGUACACGGCAUGGCGGUGCAUGGUGCAGGUCCUGAUGGCGAGCAUGCUCCUCACGGACCGCGCCGCCGCUACCAAAACAGGCCCAAGCCUCCAAGCAACUUGGAGCGCUUGCCUCUGGAUGAAGCUGCUAAACGGGAAAUGGAAUCUCUUCCGUUGAAGACACCUGUGUCUGUGCUUCAAGAACUACUUGCUCGUCGAGGAACUGUGCCCAAAUAUGAACUGGUGCAGAUUGAGGGCAUGAUUCACGAACCCACCUUCCGCUACCGUGUGACAGUCGCUGAUCUUGUUGAUGUAAUUACAGCUAUGGGUACGGGACGCUCUAAGAAGGAAGCUAAGCAUUCCGCAGCUAAGGCUCUACUCGACAAACUUACCGGAGCUGCUCCUGCUGAUCAGUCUACUAAUGGCAAUGUGCCUGAGACUGGAACUGUGGUGUCGUCAUUUGAAGAUAAAUUGAUGGGCAAUCCCGUUGGAUGGCUGCAAGAGCUGUGCAUGUCUAGAUUCUGGCCGCCACCUUCUUACCAUGCUGAGAACGAUGAUAAUGUUAAUAGGCGUUUGCCGCAUGAACGCCAGUUCACCAUUGUGUGCACUCUGCUGAAGCGUCGUGAAGUGGGAACUGGCAAGUCUAAGAAACUUGCUAAGCGUCAGGCUGCUUACAAGAUGUGGCAAGCUCUGCAGGACAACCCACCAGAAUCAUUCCAACCCGAGGAAGAGGGCGGAGUCGCGGCCCGUUAUGCCGACUUGAAAGAUAGUAAAAUCUCCACUUUGACUACAAGUCACAGCCACAAGGUGUCGCAGUUUCACAAACAUCUCAAACAAUCUGUUGGCCCUAACCUGGCCAAGUUGCAGGUAACACCUCUUAACAACAAGGACUUCAACUUUGUGCAAUUCUUGCAAGAAAUUGCAUCUGAGCAAUCAUUUGAAGUUACUUAUGUGGAUAUUGAAGAAAAGUCCAUGAUUGGUCGUUGCCAGUGCCUUGUCCAGCUAUCCACAUUGCCAGUGGCUGUUUGCUAUGGCUCAGGACUUACUAGCAAGGAUGCGCAGUCAUCUGCAGCCCAGAAUGCUUUGGAGUAUCUGAAGAUUAUGACUAAAAAGUGAAUGUCUCACUAUCUUGCGACAUCAACGCCACUUGCUUGGUGAACCUCAUCACGCAUAUUAAUUUUAAUAAGUUAUUUGAACAAAUAACUUCUUGUGAUGGACACCUGGCUUUUAAGCUGGUGAUUGAUGUCGUUAGGUUUUGAGCCUAUACUUAUCUUUAUCACCACUUCCCAUUUGAAUAUGGCAUUAUGCCUGUGUGCCAAUAGCACUUCGGGCUAUGCUUUAUAACUGGCAUGUUUGCAGUAUCUUACUUGUGAUUCUUUUCACCAAUUUUUUAUUUCAAUUUGCUCCUCUUCUUCAUCUUAUCUUUGCAUUCUUUUUUUCUUAUUAAUAAUCUUUAAGUUUAUUUUUAAUCCUUAUUCUACCAUCGGCAAGUGACUUUUCACUUGUACUAUUACUGCCAACGUGCGAGGAUAAAUGGCAUAGCCCGUAAAUUUAAAUGAAACAAAGUAUGGAGUGGUUACAUAACAAAUACAAGCUAUACUUUGCAUAGAAUUAGUGUAAUUUUCCCAGCGUGGAAAUUACUUAAAAAAAAUAUAAAAAAAUACAAAAAAAAUAUAAAAUAAUAAAAUGUAAAAAAAAAUACGUGUGGAUAUUUCCAGUUUAAUAUUCAGCAUUAUUUAGGCAUGAUUUUUGCAUUCAUAUUAAUAAAAUGUAUACUUAUCAAACAAAAGUUGAAGUCUUAGCUUUUAAUGUAUAUUAUAAUCAUGGCAUAGCCAGUCAUAUUUUUUCAUUUUGUUAAACCAGAUAUAUACUUAUUUACAUAAAAAUUAGUUAAGUGUCGUGUGUUUAAGCAGUUAUUUAACAUGCUGAGCAUUAAACGGAAAAAAAUAUUCUCAGCUAGUAAUGUCUUGUUGACGAACUGCCCGACCUUUGCUUUGUACCAAGCUCCAACAUUGCGGUUAACUUGAACCUAAAAUGAAUUGUUUUGAAACGCAAGGGUUGGAAUUUGUGGAUGAAUCAUGUGAGGCAGGAUUGCAGAGUGAUUUUAUUUGAAUUUGAACCAGUGAUUCUAGGUUUUCUUUUGAAUACAAGAUGGUUAACUUUGCAGGGAAGCUGAGAACUACGUGCUAGAGUGAAUUUAUCACUGGAAUUAGUGGUUGCGAAGUUAGGAUCCCUUGCCUGUGAAAAUGGGCAUUAUUUUAAUGCAAAGUAUAGAGGUUGUAACAUUUCUAACUGUACAGUGUCGUCGUCGGUGCUUUGCCUUGUAUGCCAGGCAAUGACGAGGAUCCUGCACGCACCCAGUUUCUUUUAAAUUGAAUGGUGUGAGUUCAACCUGCCCUUGUAAAACAUCGCACUGUUCAAGUUAGAAAAGACUAUUCGAGUAAAGGAUUGGAGUUCCGUUCAACCAAGACCAACUAAAUAAAAUUGAAAUGUCCGAGCGUCGUGGCAUUUAACGUAAUGUAUUAUUUUUAUGUUUAGUGAGUCUUGGUUUUACAUGUUCUUGUGAUUAAUCUCAAGAUUUAAAGUAAUUAUAGAUUAUUGUCAACUUUAUGACAUUAUCACACUUCUCACCUAUUUAUGUGAAACAGUUUUUUUGAAACUAUAAUAGACUAACUUUAAUUUUUGCUAUGAAUUAUUUCUGCGCUAAUUUAAAUAAAUUUGAUGUUGCUUAUAUCCAAA